AAAAAAGAGCAUGCGUAGUGUGGUGUGCUAGGUUGUGAGAGGAAGUAGCUCAAAUCAAAUCCCAAGGAAUCGGAAAAAAGACAGAAGAAUCAUGGCCAUGGCAAGCUUGGCUCGACGGAAGGCGUACGCUGUCGUUUCAUCAUCCAGGUCGUCGCUUUUCCUCACAAGUUUGAGGGGAUUCGCAUCCGGAUCUGACGAAAACGAUGUUGUCGUCAUCGGAGGCGGUCCCGGCGGCUACGUCGCCGCCAUUAAAGCCUCGCAGUUGGGUCUUAAAACCACUUGCAUCGAAAAGCGUGGAACUCUCGGCGGCACCUGUCUCAACGUUGGAUGCAUCCCUUCCAAGGCGCUUUUGCAUUCUUCCCACAUGUACCAUGAGGCUAAACAUGCCUUUGCCAACCAUGGAGUCAAGUGUUCAUCUGUCGAGGUUGAUUUAGCUGCCAUGAUGGCUCAAAAGGAUAAAGCUGUUUCGAAUCUUACCAAGGGUAUUGAAGGACUGUUCAAAAAAAACAAGGUAAACUAUGUCAAAGGUUAUGGCAAGUUUGUUUCACCAUCCGAAGUAUCUGUGGACACCGUUGACGGUGGAAAUACUGUUGUGAAAGGAAAGCAUAUCAUAAUUGCCACUGGCUCGGAUGUGAAAUCUCUACCUGGUGUCACUAUUGAUGAAAAGAAAAUUGUAUCAUCAACUGGUGCUCUUGCUUUGACUGAAAUCCCCAAGAGACUAGUAGUCAUUGGGGCAGGCUACAUUGGGCUAGAGAUGGGCUCAGUAUGGGGCCGACUUGGCUCUGAGGUAACAGUUGUUGAGUUUGCAUCAGAAAUUGUUCCAACCAUGGAUGCGGAGAUCCGGAAACAGUUUCAGCGUUCUCUUGAGAAGCAAGGCAUGAAAUUCCAGCUGAAGACAAAGGUUGUUGGAGUCGAUACUUCUGGGGAUGGUGUGAAGCUAACACUUGAACCAGCUGCUGGUGGUGAUCAGACUACACUUGAAACAGAUGUUGUCCUUGUAUCUGCAGGUAGGACUCCAUUCACUGCUGGACUUGGGUUAGACAAGAUAGGAGUUGAAACUGACAAGAUCGGACGGAUUUUGGUAAAUGAAAGAUUCACCACAAAUGUCUCUGGAGUUUAUGCGAUUGGGGAUGUAAUUCCAGGCCCAAUGUUGGCACACAAGGCGGAAGAAGACGGGGUUGCUUGUGUGGAAUACAUAGCUGGAAAGGUUGGCCAUGUGGACUAUGACAAAGUCCCAGGUGUUGUCUAUACAACCCCCGAGGUUGCUUAUGUUGGGAAGACAGAGGAGCAAGUGAAGGCACUUGGAGUUGAAUACCGUGUUGGCAAAUUCCCAUUUAUGGCUAACAGCAGAGCUAAGGCAAUUGAUAAUGCUGAAGGACUGGUGAAGAUAUUGGCUGAGAAGGAGACGGAUAAGAUAUUGGGAGUGCAUAUUAUGGCACCCAAUGCAGGAGAGCUCAUUCACGAAGCAGCAAUAGCACUACAGUAUGAUGCAUCAAGUGAGGACAUUGCACGUGUGUGCCAUGCACAUCCAACAAUGAGCGAGGCUGUGAAAGAAGCCGCAAUGGCCACUUAUGACAAGCCCAUUCACAUAUGAAGAGCUAGUUGCUUCUUCAUUCUCGUUUCAUUUUUGUCCAACAAUUUUACAAUGACUUGGAGAUGAUACCAGCUGUGUUAAAUUUAGAUUCAGGUUUUUAAAUGAAAAUUAUCCCCCUGUUUACUUGUUUGCAUAAUAAGAGGAAUGAUCGUGUUGUUCUUAUCUCUGUUCAAUAAUUUAUAUCUCCCCUUCUCUCUGGGACAAUGUUGUAAUUCUUACAGGGUGAAGACAACUUAAAUGGGAUUGUGAAACGGUUUGAUUAACACAUUGUUGGGUAUUUAUAAAUUAUUUUUCAUCCA